AUGCACGCGAGUGCAAACCUGUCCCGAUCACUUCCGGUAACUCAAACGAAGCUUGUAAACGUCGAAGUUGUCGGUGACUACGCACAGUAUCGUCUCAAGUGCUGCACACGCAACACUCGUCGCAGCUACGAGCCCAAACAGGGCGAGUGGGCUAGGUGGUGCAACGGCCGUCAGUUUGUUGAUGGAAGUGUCGUGACCGAGGGCAAGAUCUUGCCUUUUCUCGAAGAGGUGGUGCGUCCACGUGGCUCGCGGCGCAAGCAGGACGACCCCUACAGCAUCCAAAAGUCUCUCGGUAUUGGGUCCCACCCACAUCCGUGCGGCAAGGCACUUUCUGAGUACUUGCGCACCCAUAGGCGCAAACGAGCAACGCGUCGGCGCGAAGAAUUCGAUGACCGUGGCAAAGGUACCGUGCAGGACACGUACUCGGUCGGCCAGCUACGCAAUGUGCCAGCAUACUUUAUGGAAAAACAACGGUAG